AAGCAGUAGACAUGGCAAAAUUCAUUGAUGAGAUAUUUAGAAUGGCGGCUCUUUUAUUGAAUUUAUCUUCAAAGUCGGCUGAAAAGUGAUAACGAUGUCCGAGUUGAGUGCCAAACACAGAGCUCUGAACGUCUUACAGACCUUGACGUCAGAUCCCAGGAGCCACUCCAUCAAGACUUCUCCAAGACCUGAUCUAUCCGCUUCUCAAGAGAUCCUGUCCGGCAAGUAUAGGGAGCUUGCUACCUUACUGGCUACUCAACAUGUGGAACGUAAAACUGUCUCCCGACUUCAGUCUGUGGAUUUAGUGUCGAGUCGCCUAGGAAAUGCUCAGAGAACACGGUUUUACCAUGACAACCAGAGGAAGGCAUCACAGAGAAGACAAAGAAGGAAGGCUGCUCAGUCUGAGGACAGCUUCCCCGAAGCGGAACUCUCAUCUUGCCUUAAAGAGAGGAGCAAGACGGAUUCAACUGAAGUCAAGAUUGUCGAGUUGCAAGCGACUCAAAAUACAAGUGUCAAGAAUAAAAGGGUCUCGUUUUCUGGGUCAAGGGCACAGUUAUGCGUUGAUGGGUAUGCAUCGUCAAGUACUGAUGUAUCAGAUACUGAAGUGAUAAGGAGAAUUCUUUGUAGUCCUCGUAAAAUCAUCACUGAGGAGGCCAACACAAGUUCGGCAAAACAAAACCUUUCUCCCGCUAGGAACAAAAAAACAGUACCAUCCAAAAAGAAAUCUCGCAAACAAAAGAGAUCUCCCAAACAGCCUACUAGCAAGGGUGAUACUCCAGCACAUGAAUCUGAGACGCUCAAGAUUACAGAGUUCAACCACUCAGAUCACAAGCUGAACAGUUCUAGUAACCCUGAUGUCUUGUCGUGGCUUAAGGCAAAGAAUAAAAUCAUAAGAAAGCAAAAGCGAACUGAGAAGAAGAAAGAACGUCUCGAGCAGCUUGCCGAGCAAAAAGUCGCCGAGAAGAAGUCAAAGAAACUGGUGGAGUCAGAGGAAAAAGUCACUGAGUGGAUGAAGGUGAAGAAAGUGGAGUCCAUCUUACAACGACGGUUCGAGAAAAAGAUCCUAAGAGAAAAGCGAGAAUCUCAAAAGGACCUUGUUGGAACUUCUCCUGAUGGAGCGAAAGUGGACUCACUUAAGACUAAACGCGAGAGUGAUUCUCCUAGGAAUCGGAAAUCGUCCUCGAAAGAAAACAUUGCUCAGAAGAAGGAUAAUCUUGAGGAAGAGCAGCGGCAUCAUCUUGUGAGGAACUUGGAGGCGGAGAGACUCCAUGCUGAGGAGAAGAGACAAGCCAAAGACGCACGACGAAGGAGACUUCUUAAAGAAGCCCAAACCACACCUGGUUCCAAAGGACCUCAUCCACGACCUCCUUCUGUCUCGAAGAAACUCUCAAGCUCUGACUCUAAGAAGGUGAACAAAUCCAUCUCUGAGGCGUCGCCAGAAAACAAUCCAAAAUCAAAAGCCGGUGGAGACAAAUCUAAGACAAGCCCAUCGUCAAACCCGUUGAAGGGAAUGACUUAUGAGGACUGGCUCAAGCAGAAGCAAACAGAUCAACACAAACAGGCAAAGGACGCUAAGAAGCAAGAAGUUUGUGAUCCGGAGCUUGACGAUCUGAUUCCGUUACUCGCCAGGAGACGUAUUGAACAGAUCAAAAUAAGGGCGACCCGUGUCGACUCUGGACUGCGUAGGUCGAAAACUCCAACGAGUCUGGAGAGUGAUCAAACAGAUAAGCAGAACACAACGAACGGAGAACGACCGUACACCUGGAAGUCACCUACUGAUGAUUCAAGUACAAAACCGGACACUAAAAAAUCAGGGGGGUCUGCGAAGCGUAAAAUUUUUACAAAUACAGCAUCAAAAGAAAAGUUUUCAGCAAAAGAGUCGGAUGAAAUCCAAACUAGAAUGGCAAUUUCAAUGCCUGAUGUGAUUAACUUUGUUGAACGGCCAGAACCACAAGGUUGUGAAGGCACUCAGGAGUUUCCUUGCCAAAGUCCCAAAACGAACCAAUCAAAUAAGAACCCUGAUGAAAUUAACCAAUCAGAGACCACUUUGGGCAAUUCAAAAGUCACCUCGGCCAAUGUAGAGGCAGAAAACGAAAGCUCCAGUUCAGAUGGUACAAUAUUUCUGACUGAACCUGAAUCUCUCAAAAAAUGAUCACAACCAGCAAAUUUUAAAACCAUAUUUCAAAUUAAAUCCAAUGAAAAUUCAUUAUUUCGUACAUAUUCAAAGCUUCCUUAAAGGCACUGGACACUAUUGGUAAUUACUCAAAAUAAUUAUUAGCAUAAAACCUUACUUGGU